AUGUUUAGUUCCCUUCUACCGCGUCCCAAACACUCGAAUUACAACCCCGACCUCCACUACAGAACAUCAUCGCACUCUAAUCAUCAGAUCAAUAAUACAGAUACCACUCAAGUCAUUAUUCACCCCAGCACUGUUACUACAAUAGACUCCAUACGCGAUAUCAUCACCACCUCCACUACAACUUACGAUGCUACGAUUCCACUUAAAGUUAGCUUCCCCAACUUGAAUCAUAACUUUCCUCGACCACCUCCUGAUGUCGCCGUAAUUGCCGAAACACGAGCCAUAUUUGCGGCAUUACUUGAGGCUAAACUAGGCACGCAAAAGAAGGAUCAAACUACAUAUAUGAACUAUAAAGAUACCACCACUACACAUGAGGUAGAAGGAGACAAUAACGCUGUGAAAACCGUCCCUGCCGCCUUCGCUGCCGAUGCUACUGAUGAGGAUCACGGCAAGGUUAUCAAGAUAGAAACGAUGCAAGAAGACCCCUUACUUCCACCAAAACACAAACUUCGCAAGAAUCGUCAUGAACGGCACGAUCAAGAACAAGAAGUUGGGCCGAUUUUGAAGCCAUCUGCCAAAGUGACCAAAGAAGACCGUCAGAAAUGGAACAUACCAGCAGCCAUUUCCAAUUGGAAGAAUAACUCUGGGUUUACUAUUGCAUUGGAUAAACGAGUCAUUGGUGUAGGCGGAGGUGGAGCUUCUGUCUCUGGUGAUGGUGGUGGCGAUGGCGAUGGCAAUGCUGCUUCUGCCGAGUUGUUGAAUGUGGAAAAGUUUAGCGCUUUGAAUCAAGCUUUGAAUACGGCUGAGGUUCAAGCUAGACAAGAUAUCACGCGUCGUAAUGAGCUUCGUCAGCAAUUGGAAUUGAAUGAAAAACGACAACGUGAAGAAAAGAUUCGAGAGAUUGCCAAUAGGAAUAAGCGAAGAAGAUACUAA